UAUUUCCAAACAAACUGCCAAUCUAGGUUCAUUCAUCCCAAAAUGAUUCUGUGUAAUAGAGAUUCGAAGAUAACCGUUCCAAUUUUUCUGGUUUCUUUCAUAAGUGUUGCGACUUCGAUCCCUCUCGAUACCACACCUGUUAAAACACAACUUCGCCAAGAAAGUGCUGCAAUUGAAGCAAUAAAUGCAGCCGAGACUCCCUCAGAAACAUUGGAAGGAGUUGCAGUUCUUCUUGCCAGUAUUUUCAAGGGACUCUCGGACAUCCCGGUGAAUGCGAUCAACGCUGCCAAACCGAAGCCACAGGAGGCACCAGUACAGCAAGUUGUCCCGGUCACAACGGGUCAAAAUGUUGCACCCCAAAUUCAACCACAAGUAGAACCAGUUCGAAUUGCUGCUACUGCUCAAGCAGCAGUUAUUACACCAUCCACUCCAGCGAUAACUUCUGCUGCCCCCACUUCUCCUCCCUCCACCGCCUCGCCUGACGAGGAAGUUACGGAGAUUGUGCCUGAAGCCGGUGAAGAUGUCGAUGAAGAUAAUGAGGCCAAGAUUUAGACCAAAAACUGUGGUGAUGUAACAAAAGAAAUCUAUAAUAUAAAGUUAUCAACAAAAUGUGACAACGCAAGUGCUUGUCUGACAAAUUUACAAUAAAAUCAAUGAAGACUUUGAUAUUUAGUCUGCAAAAUUAAA